CAAGAACACAGUUCUCUAUAGAUCUUUUCCCUUAGUGUGGACUGGAGCCCCCGUCCGGUUCGAUCGGCUACUCCGUAAUCCAAUUAAAGGAACAAUCUACAUUUCAAUUCAAAGCUAAUGAAGUGUAGAGAAUUCGCAACAAAGGCUGACAUGUGUUGAUUGUUUCGGCGACUGCAGUGCUGAGUAGCUCCAGCUUGGGGUCCAGCUCCCCAACUUCCGUCAAACACAAACACGAUUGUGCGUAGUCCAAACAAUUCAUUGAUUGAUUGUCGAUAUGGCGAUCAAUUAGACAGAUUAUGGUUUUUCAUUGAUUUCUAUCGCAGUAGUGACAAAAUGCCAGGGACAGCUGUCAAUGGUAGUAGUUCUACUUAUAACUCUCGAUUUCGAUUUGUAUUACCGGUAGCACACACUUUUGAUUCUACUGCUCUUGGGAGUGAUCUUGUCGACGGGUUCUACGGAAGCCGCCCGUCGUCUGAGAAAGAAGCCGAAGGUCUACAAUGCGCUCAUCACCACCGACGACAACCUGACCUCCAGCCGAGCCUAUCCGGUCAUCCAGCCCACUAUCCACGAGCCUGGAUACGCCCCCUUUGGACCCUACAAUCCCUAUGGCUUCUACAGUCCUCCGAUCGUGCGGUUUGGUCAGCCGAUUGUCCCUGGUCUUUCUCCCAAUGAAAGGCUCCCCUAUCCCCUGCCAUCUCCUGCCCAGUAUCCAAGUGGCUUUGCACCGUAUGAGCCCCAGCCCGUGGAAUCUCCAGUAGAGCAGCAGCCCCAGUCGCAGCUGCCUCCUGGAUCUGUCGAGCCACAGGAGAUGCCCAAGGAGCAAGUGCAGCUUCCACUCAACCAUCAGGGACUGCCGCCAGUACUCAUCCCUCUGCCCUCCCAGUUUAGGGGACAGCCCAUGCACCUGCCUCCGUAUCCGUAUAGCCAGUACCCAGUGAUCUACGACCAGGCGGGUUACGUCAGGCAGAACUAUCUGCCUCCUUACGACUACUACCCCAGCCAGGGCUAUCCCAUACGUGGGGCCACACAGCCAACUACUCCUCCUCGACAGGAGGCAGAGCACCAGCCUCAGGCCCUUAAUCCUCCCCAGAGUCCUCCACAAAUACAGCCACUACCAUUGGAAAACCUGGAACCCGCGCAGCCCACCUUCGAGGACAUUCGCAACGGAUCGGAGAGCAAAAACAGUGCCGUUCCGGAUGUUCCACCGCCGCCAAUACCCUCUGGACCCAAACGUCCGCGACCCGCGGAACCCAAACCGGAAAACUGAUCGCCAGCCGGAUAAUCCCGGAUGCCGAGAUUCCACACACGUAUUUAUUACCAUUUCGCUUAGGUAUAAUAUCGAUUCGAUUGUACAAUGUCGCUUAACCCGUAAGCUAAAGUAAGAGUUCAUUCAGAGAUAACGAAUAAAUAAUAUGAAAUCGCCA